AGGGUUUUGUCCUCUGCUAGGGUUUUGAUUAACACCUUCUACCACAGCAAAUCUUCGAUGGAUCCUUCGUCAAUCAACUCCCCAGAGCUGCAGAACCUUCUAGCCCAAGAAAAACAGAAGGCCAUGAUUAGUGAAAUGAUCUCAAAGCUUACAUCUGCUUGCUGGGACAAAUGCAUCACUGGCUCUCCCGGAAGCAAGUUCAGUUCCAGCGAAGCUAAUUGCCUCACCAACUGUGCUCAACGCUACAUGGAUAUGAGUCUCAUAAUCAUGAAGCGUCUUCAGCAGUGAGAUUUAGUCUAAGCUUUCAUUUUGAUUUGAAGAAGCCCUUUUUUGUUUCUGAUCUCGAUGGCACAUACAUGUCAACGAUUGUACUUCAGUCAUCGUCUCUUUUAGGAGCGAGCAUGCUUCUUAUUAGGUUCUUUUCUGUCAUCGACAAUUUGUAUGUUUACGAUUUUACAUUAUAAAAAGCAAAUUCAGUUGCUA